AUGUCUGAUCCGAGAAAGAAGGGCUUUUACGAACCAGGAGCGCAAGACACAAAUUUUCGUCGUACUUGGGACAAGGAGGCGUAUGAACGACGCGCACGGGAGCGAGCUCGACAAGACCGUGAACGUGAGGAAGAUGAUGAUCGUAAACGCAAAGGUCUAAAGGCCAAGCACCCGAGUUCUGAAGCGGAGCAACCUCGGGAUCUCCUAAAGGCUCGUACGGAAAGGGUCGUUCUGGAUACAAACUUGAACAAGAUCCAGGUCGUCCAAUCCACUGGUAUCGCUUCCAAGCAACCGGGAUUCCAUUGUAAGGAGUGCGAUUGUGUUGUCAAAGACAGUGUAAAUUUUUUGGAUCAUAUCAACGGAAAAAAACAUCAGCGUGCCCUGGGAAUGACGAUGAAAGUUGAGCGAAGCAGUUUAGAACAAGUUAAGGCAAAGAUGGCCGAAUUAAAGAAGAAGAAAGAGGAAGGUCCCCAGAUUUAUGAUUUUGAUGCGCAGAUAGAGAAGUCUCAAAAACAAGAAGAAGAGGAAAAAAGGCGUAAGAAGGAACGCAAAAAAGCAAAAAAGAAAGGCGAGUCGGGAAAAAAUGACAUUAAUGGUGAAUCAGGAAAAGAUGAUGCUAAUGAAGAGGAGAUUAAUCCCGAAAUGGAAAAGCUAAUGGGGUAUGGUAUAACGAGUUUAAUGCAUUUCUAUCUUGACUACAAUGUGUUGACCAUAAAAAUAAAACGUUCUAUGCAAUCAAUAGAUUUGGCAACUUCGGAUCAACUAAAUCAGGAUAGGGAACAGGUUUCACACCAGAUUAGUAAUUUAAUAACCACUAUCUAA